GUGUGUGUGUUUUUCUUGUGACGCGUUGUUGUAACAAAAGGAAAACCAAGAAAAAGUGAAUUGCAAUUUUCACUAGCAGCAACGAGACCAAGAAACAAGCAGCAGCACAGCCAGUGAAGAUGUCGCAACGCUUUGCACCUGGCCAAGCGCCGGUGCAGUCGCGCUACCAGCCGCCGCCACCGGCGCCCGGCAUGCGUCCCUAUCCGCCGCCAGGCGCCACUUUUCCGCCCAGGGGCUUUCCCUUGCAUCCAAACACAACGCAACCGGUGCCGGGCACAGCGCCUGGGACUGGCGUUCCCGGUGUACCCGGCGUACUGCCCGGCGGUCCCGGGCCCGGUUCCCUUCUACAGCGCGCCGCCCAGCAGCCGGCCUUUCAGAGCGGUCUGCGUGGCACCGGUGGCGGCGGUGGAGGUGGAGGCGGUGGCGGCGGCGGCGGAGGAGGAAGCGGUGGCUCUGGCACCGGUGGCGGCAGCAAGCGUUCGAAUGAGGCACGCGGCCUGGGCAGUGGACCGGGCGGCAAGGGGGAAUUUGUGACGGCCAAGAAGAAGAAGAAGCUGGCGGACAAGAUACUGCCGCAGAAGGUGCGGGAUUUGGUGCCGGAGUCGCAGGCGUACAUGGAUCUGCUGACAUUUGAACGCAAGCUGGACGCGACGAUCAUGCGCAAGCGUCUGGACAUCCAGGAGGCGCUCAAGCGACCCAUGAAGCAGAAGCGCAAGCUGCGCAUCUUCAUUUCGAACACAUUCUACCCAAGCAAGGAGCCGACCAACGAUGGCGAGGAGGGCGCCGUCGCCUCGUGGGAGCUGCGUGUCGAGGGUCGUCUGCUGGAGGACGGCAAGGGUGAUCCCAAUACAAAAAUCAAACGUAAAUUCUCAUCGUUCUUCAAGUCACUGGUCAUUGAGCUGGACAAGGAGCUGUAUGGGCCGGAUAACCAUCUGGUGGAGUGGCAUCGCACCCACACCACCCAGGAGACGGAUGGAUUCCAGGUGAAGCGACCGGGCGAUCGCAACGUGCGCUGCACCAUCCUCCUGCUGCUCGAUUACCAGCCGCUGCAGUUCAAGCUGGACCCGCGCCUCGCCCGCCUCCUCGGCGUGCACACGCAGACCCGGCCGGUCAUCAUCUCCGCCCUGUGGCAGUACAUCAAGACGCACAAGCUGCAGGAUGCCCACGAACGGGAGUACAUCAACUGUGACAAGUAUCUGGAGCAGAUAUUCAGCUGUCAGCGCAUGAAGUUCGCGGAGAUACCGCAACGCCUCAAUCCCCUGCUCCAUCCGCCCGAUCCCAUUGUGAUCAAUCAUUUCAUCGAGAGCGGGGCGGAGAACAAGCAGACCGCCUGCUAUGACAUCGACGUUGAGGUGGACGACACGCUCAAGAACCAGAUGAACAGCUUCCUGAUGAGCACCGCCAGCCAGCAGGAGAUCCAGGGUCUGGAUACCAAGAUCCAUGAGACGGUGGACACCAUCAAUCAGAUGAAGACGAACCGGGAGUUCUUCCUCAGCUUCGCCAAGGAUCCACAGAUGUUUAUACACCGAUGGAUCAUCAGUCAGACGAGGGACUUGAAGCUCAUGACGGACGUGGUGGGCAAUCCGGAGGAGGAGCGACGCGCCGAAUUCUACUAUCAGCCCUGGACGCACGAAGCCGUUUCGCGCUACUUCUUCACCAAGGUCAAUCAGAAGCGGGCGGAGCUGGAGCAGGCGCUGGGCAUACGCAAUGGCUAGGCAGGCAGGCAGCGCACCUUACCCAGAUCCGUAAUCCGUGAUCCUUGCGCACGGCAAACUCUUAUUUCCUUCGCCAGUUUAGUUUAAGAAUUAGAGAUCGUAAAUAUUUCCAAUUUUUUUCUGUCACCAGCUAAACUUUACAUCCUCUGUGACCAUUGUCUCCUGUGUCCCCCAGCAAACCAUAUUGGACCCCUAACAUUAAGCUAAUAAAAUGGCAUUUAAAUAUAGAAAAUCUAUAACUUUCCAA